CGCCUGCAAACACUUUUCACGCCGCCUGCAGGCUGCAGUGCAGGCUCCGCCACCAGCUACACCACACUACACCGGAGGCUUUUCUCCCCCUCGGCCCCUCCCCCCGCACGGAGGUCCGGGACAAGUCAAUCUGCCACUGGCCGCGAGGCCGACCCACGCCACGCUCCUCCUCAGCUACAGUCCCUCCUCCACCGCUGCUGCGCUCACGCUCCUCGACCUCCCACACUCACUGUCAGUGUAAAGCUCACGCCGGAGGCCGGAGCUAGCUGCCCCCUGCCCGUGCGUGUUCAUCCUGGCUGCUCAUCUAUCUCUCUUGCUCCGAUCCAAGAUCCAACAAGUGAGUACGCGCUCUGCGCUCGAUUUCACUUGACCGACGGUUUUUACUCUGCUUGCGUGCGCGUUUGUGAGUGCUUUUACUCUGUCUGAUGUGCCUGGCAUUCUUGGCAAUGGCAACGGAACUUCUUCAGAACAAAAAAAAAAGAACAUUUUUUAUCGGGCGCGUUUCCUUUUCUCUCCAAUGCUAGCGAGAGCAUACUAUACAUGUCCCUUGAUUUCUUCUCGUCGUUGCUCCGUGUACUGGUUCCCCGGGGCCUGCCCUUAUCAGUAUCUGCGACGGUUUCGACGUCUUGCUGUUCUCGCUCGCCCCAAGUCCCCAAAGGCUGGCAGCGACCUUUUCGUUUUUUUUAAAAGGAAAAUUUUGUCCUUUCCCACCCUCCUUCGACAUGGUUUCUUUUUUUGAAGCAACUUUUUUUUGAAGCAAAUCGACAUGGUUUCUCGGGAACGAUCCCAACCGCUCCUCCUCCACUGACCCGGAUUCUUCUUCUUCUUCUUCUUUUUUUAUGCGGUUUGUUUCUUGGCGUCUCCAUGUUUGCUGUUUGCAGGUGAGCUAGUCACUCACAGCACAGGUGACAGGGUGGUGGUGGGCGGCGGGAUUGCGGUUGCGGCAGUAGGGUUCAGGCUCGGAUACCAGCCUCCUCCUCCUCCUCCUCCUCCUCCGCCUCCGUUUCCAGAAGGGGGCGAGCGCUACCGGGGAGCUCGACAGACGCCGAGCCGCAAUGCCCAAGAUGUUCGGGUUCUCUCGGCGCCGGAUGAAGCUGGGCAGGUUGAAGGGCCAUCUGCACGACCAUUUCCAUGGCCCUCGAAGCCCGUCUCGGACCACCAAGCGUUCCAGCAGUCAUCACAACGCAGAGGAUCCAUUGGCUACCUCAGUGAGUGGGCGCGCCGACGACCUCGCCUGGCGCUGCUCGUCCGACACUUUCGAUCUCAAUGGGCGCGAUUUCGAGAGCUCCGAGAACUGGGCGGUCCUGUCCACCGAGGGUGACAAGCCAGCUCCUCGUUUCGAUCAUGCAGCAGCCAUGGUUGGGAGCAAAAUGGUGGUGUUUGGUGGCGACUCCGGUCAAUCUUUGCUAGAUGAUACUAAGAUAUUGAGCUUAGACAAGCUUACCUGGGAUUCUGUUGCUCCUAAAGUUCGACCACCAUUGAACGGGCGUUCUCUGAAGCUGAGGCCAUGCAGAGGUCAUUGCCUGGUUUCGUGGGGAAAGAAUGUUAUUCUUGUGGGAGGGAAAAGUGAUCAACCUUAUGACAAGAUAUCAGUAUGGACCUUCAAUACAGAGAGUGAGCUCUGGUCUCAUAUGGAAGCGAAGGGUGACAUUCCGGUGUCUCGAAGUGGGCAUACGGUGAUUAGAGCCGGUCCUGUUUUAAUUCUCUUUGGAGGUGAAGAUGCCAAAGGGAAGAAACUACAUGACCUUCAUAUGUUUGAUCUGAAGUCAUUAACAUGGCUUCCUCUGAACUAUAAGGGUGCUGGACCUUCUCCAAGAUCAAAUCAUGUAGCCGCCCUUUACGAUGAUAGAGUCCUAUUGAUUUUUGGAGGUCAGUCGAAGUCCAAGACCCUGAAUGAUAUUCAUGCUCUAGAUUUUGAAACAAUGGUAUGGUCAAGGGUCAAAACCCAUGGGCAUCAUCCAUCACCUCGAGCAGGUUGCUGCGGAGCUCUUUGUGGAACUAAAUGGUAUAUUGCAGGAGGUGGAAGCAAGAAAAAACGGCACCCUGAAACAUGGGUUUUCGAUGUCCUUGAGUCCAGAUGGUCUGUUUGUGUAGUGCCUCCUAGUUCCUCAAUCACUACAAAGAAAGGUUUCAGCAUGGUUCCAUUGUACUACAGGGACAAGAUCGUGCUUGUUGCUUUUGGAGGGAACAAAAAGGAACCAUCCGACAAGGUUGAAGUACUAGUGGUGCUGCAAAACGAGCACUGUUUCAGCUGGCGGUCUGCGCCCGAGGUGGAACCCUUACUGUACGACGAGUCUCCUCCAGGCUCAAGGGAACUCGCCGACCAUCUCAGCAGCUGCGCUCCACCGUAUCCUACUAGCUCCGCGGCGAGGAGCGGUCUCGCCGCCACAGCGGAGAACUCCUGCGGGAGGAAACCCCUCCCGGACUCACUGCUACGGACCUCGAACCUCGGGGGCUCGUCGCUCCGCAGGCAGUUCCGUCAGGAAGAGGAGUGCAGCAGCCUGGCGCAAAAGCUGCAGAAACCGAUCGACGACGACAGGUACAAGGACGCCGCCGACGAGUGCUCCGAGCAUCAACCACCCUCGGCCACGAACCCUAAACCGCGGAACGACGCGCGGCGGUCGUCCCCGGAGGUCGUCGUCGACGCAAAAGCGAGGAGGCUGCUGGGCAGGAGCUCGUCGGACAUGAACAACCACCAGGACGCAAGGGUGGCCGCCCUGGUCAGGAGGAACGUGGCGCUGGAAGAGCAGCUGUCGGCGGCGCUGGCGAGCAAGGACGAGGCGGAGAAGAACCUGUCCCUGGUCAUCGACAGCAAGGACGGCCUGGAGAAGAGGCUGGCCGAGAAGGACAGGGAGGUCGAGGCGCUGAGGGAGAAGGCGACGGGGUUGGAGCUGGCGCAGGAGGAGGCCAACAGCCUCUCCAACACCGUCCACGCCGACAACGUGCGGCUGGAGCGCGAGGUGGCGUUCCUGAAGGCCGUCAUGGACGAGACCCAGAAGGAACUGCACUCGACUCGCGGAGUUCUUGCAGGAGAACGCGCACGGGCAUUCCAGCUUCAGGUUGAAGUCUUUCAUCUGAAGCAGCGCCUGCAGACGAUGGAAGGGAGGUCACCCGCAGCACCAAGAAAGCCUCAGAAUGCGUAGGGUAGGGUGCAGGCGUGUAGAGUUUUUGAGCGAUAGAUCUGCUGUAGAUUCAUUCAGUGAUGUAAUGUAACUGUAGUAGGUGCCGGAGCUACUGUAAUUUGUAAUAUUAUUCGACGCGAUGCGAUGCAAACGUAUUUCGCAACUGGGACGUACGUAAUUGUGUAGAAUGAGUUGCGGUCGACUAUAUAUGCAAGAUGUCUUUUAUCUAA